CUCUCCCUCUCUUUCUUUCGUUCAUUCAGAAAGAAAUCAAAUCACCCAACCCCAGCCAAAAGAGUGGCAUACUGCCGCGUCCGUCGCACUUUAAAGUUCGCCAUCCGUCCGUCUAUCUAGCUUCCCUCGUGAUCCAAGUCAUCAACCCCUGUUCGCUGUCACCGAUCGCGGCUGCUUCCUCGAGCUCGGCGUCCGUCGUCUUUGUCUGCUCAGCCACGCUUCGGUCGCCGUUUGUUUGCCGUUCACGUUUGCGUCUUUGUUCAGCUGUCGUCUUCGUUCGCGUUCAUCGCCGUUCACGUUCGCUCGGCGUUCACUCGCCGUUCACCAUUCGAGUUCGCAUUCGUGUUCGUCUGGAAGCCACGUUGCUCUGCUUCAAACACUGCGACCAACCCGCGCGGUCCACCUAGCCGUCGAGCUGCUCUCUUUUGUCGCCGCCGAAGUGCAAGUGGAUCCUCUAUAAUGCUAGAACUUCAAAUUAAGCACUUUGCAAAAGGGGUUCAAAAUACAAAGCUAAAUAAACGUACUCCUCUCAGGUAUAUGCAAAAGGCAACAUUUAGUGGAGCUGGUCAUCUAUGGCAUUUCGAUUUCUACCGCUUCUAGUGCAGUGUGCCAAAUUGAGGCACCCUUUUCCCUCCAAGCUUGGUUCCAUUUCCACAUCCCUCCACCAUCUUCCAGAUUCUUUCUUCUCGGAAGAACUGUUCCCUGAUCGACAAAAAACCAUUUCCAAUAUCGACGAACACCUCGUUCUUGAGCAAAUAUCGGAUCUCUUACCCGUAGCCAAAUGUGCAUCACAGAACACUAUCUUGAAAGACCACGAAUCCAAAUCCGUAAGGGAACCCGUUGAUGGGUUUUUGUCACCGGAGGAGAAAUUGCGUGGUGUUUUUCUUCAGAAGCUGAAUGGUAAGGCUGCAACUGAACAAGCUUUAUCCAAUGUUGGUGUUGAUGUGAAUAUUGAUGUUCUCGGUAGGGUGGUGAACUCUGGGAACUUGGGUGGUGAAGCCAUGGUUACAUUUUUUAACUGGGCAAUUAAACAGCCAAUGUUACCUAAGGACAUUGGUAGUUACCGUGUGAUUGUUAAGGCACUAGGAAGAAGGAAGUUUUUCAAGUUCAUGAUGGAGGUAUUAGAUGACAUGAAGGUUAAUGGCUUAGAAGCUGAUUUGUUACUGUUAUCUAUUGUUAUUGAUAGUUUCAUCAGGGCUGGUCAUGUGUCUAAAGCAAUUCAAGUGUUUAGUAACUUGGAUGAUCUCGGGUUGAGACGCAAUGCAGAUGCCUUGAAUGUACUCUUGUCGUGCCUUUGCCAACGGUCUCAUAUGAGUGCUGCAAGUUCUGUGUUUAAUUCAAUGAAAGGGAAAGUAUCUUUUGAUGUUACUACGUACAAUGUUGUUGCUGGUGGUUGGUCUAAGUUGGGUAGUGUGAAUGAGAUUGAGAGGAUUAUGAAGGAAAUGGAAGUAGAUGGAUUUCAUCCUGAUUGUAGGACUUUCAGUUUCCUUAUUGAGGGUUUAGGCAGAGCUGGCCGAACUGAUGAGGCUGUUGAGGUUUUCAAUAAAAUGCAGGAGAAAAAUUGUCCACCUAAUACUGAGACUUAUAAUGCAAUGAUUUUUAAUUUUGUGUCGGUUAGAGAUUUUGAUGAGUCUAUGAAAUAUUAUAAAGCAUUGUUGAGUAAUAAUUGUGAGCCUAGUCUUGAUACUUACACAAGAAUUAUUAUUGGCUUUUUGAGAGCUCGGAAGGUUGCUGAUGCACUCCAGAUGUUUGAUGAAAUGCUAAGGCAAGGAGUUGUUCCUUCUACUGGAAUGGUAACCUCCUUCAUCAAGCAUUUAUGCAAGUAUGGUCCGCCAUAUGCUGCAUUAGUUAUUUACAAGAAGGCGAGAAAAUUAGGAUGUAUGAUAUCAAUGAAUGCUUAUAAGAUAUUGCUUAUGCGCCUAAUGAAGUUUGCGAAAUGUGGAAUGUUACUAAAUAUCUGGCAGGAGAUGCAAGAAUGUGGGUAUAAUUCCGAUAUUGAAGUUUAUGAGUGCAUCAUCACUGGACUUUGCAACGUAGGGCAGCUUGAAAAUGCGGUUCUUGUUAUGGAGGAGUCUUUGCAGAAAGGGUUCUGUCCAAGUAGGCUUGUAUAUAGUAAAUUAAGUAACAGGUUGCUUGCUUCAAAUAAAACAGAGAUUGCAUACAAGCUGUUUCUGAAGAUAAAGCAUGCUCGGUCCCUUAAAAGUGCAAGGAGCUUUUGGCGUUCUAAUGGUUGGCACUUCUGAACAGGCAUGCCAAUCAACAUCUCCUACAGUAGAGCCUCUUGUUUGAUUUUAACACUAGUAAAUAACUAUAGCCAAGAAAAAUAUUGCUAUACCAGUACAUACCAAGAAAUAGAUCACAUCUCAAAAUAUUACUAGUUUUCAGGUAUUGUAAUUAUUUAUUGUCGUGCUAUUUGUGGCAUAGACAGUAUUGCCAGAGUUUUAUUUAGCUAGAUGGUGUAGACAAGUUGAUGUUGUUCCAACUAAGGAUUUAUAAGUCAUGAAGUAGUAGUCAAUUUAAAGUACUUGUAUACAAAGUAGCAAAUAUUAUUAGGAUAAUGUUUUCUGAGUCACAUUAUGAGUUUUAUCUAUGGUAUACGAAGAGUUGUGCUUUUUGGAGUGGAAAGCAUCUUUAAUCUAUAUGAUAUGCAGUGACAAAACUGUUAUUCUAGCCGAAUCCUUGACUAAAUAAAGUUGAGAUGUUAUUUGCUUCCCAAGCUGUUUUACCUAUGUGUUUUUGUUUGUUUGACUAUGUAUAUGUGUUGUUGCAAGAUGACUUCCCUCGGUGGUACUAACUGGUCACUGGCCAAAAAUAUGGUUAAGGUAAUCCCCUCUCUAUUCUUCUGCAUAGUAAGUGUAACCUUCAAUGGGAGAACAUGUUUGAACUCUAAACAACUAGGUUCCCUUUUAAGUUGCCAAUUUUUCUCAUUCUUGUGGUGAUUGUAUUCGGGUGAUUAUUUGAACUACUGAUUUUAAAGUGUACAAAAUUUGAUUGUUUGAAUAUCACUAUGUCUUCCAGUAAAGGUAUUGUAGUAUCAUUUUGCAAUACACACGAUAAUUUAGUUGUCAUAUCAUUUCUUCUUUUCCAAUUGGCUUGUGUAAUUUUCUAGUAAGUUGUGCUAAAGAUGUGCACUUUAGAUCUAAGGAUAAAGCUAUUUGUACCACCAAAUUUCUCACCCAAGUUUUUAUACUUUACUUGAGGAGGUGUAGGUGGCAUGGGUUGAAGUGCAUGCACAUUUCUUCAUAUGCUUAUGCAUAGAUUUAGUUCAUAAUCCGUCUGGAUUGAUCGAAUGGUUUUCUGAUGUAGCAAGAUUUGCAGUCGACUUUAUUUUUUCUGUAGUCAUAGAGUUAGAUGGACUAAUUGAAAAUUUUAAAUCACAGCAAGGUGAUUAAACUUUGUUCUAAUUUUGAAGUCAACUAAUUAUAAUUCUUUUUAUUUUGCUAUAUUUCACAUUACAUUUAAGCAACCAAGCAUUGCUUAUCAGUUAUCACUACAUGAUUCAAGAACUGUGGAAGUAACACGGUGAUAACACCUUAGUUUACUUUAUGUUCUCAGACUAGAAAUAUAAUAUAAUGCAUCACAUAUAAUUCACCAUUCUCAUGCAUUUGACACAUUGCUACUCUAAACUGUGUAGAAUUGCUUUUCACUUUCAAGUACUGGAAUAAUGUUAGUUUUUCCCAGAACUUGAUUGGACUGAAAGGUUAAUGUAUUCAUCAAUUUUGGGUACUUCAUAUUUUUUGAGAAUCUCCACUAAAUGGUACUGUUUAUUGGGUAUGCUUGUAUGUUAAACUUUGAAGAUAACUAGCAAAUUAUAAUUUGCAAGUACAAUGUUAUUUAUAGUGUAUUCAGCUUUAUUGUUAAAUGUUCGAUUCUCGCCUUGAGCAUAGAAGUCUGAUAACACAGGGCUAGCUGUCUCAUCCAUUGAUUUGCUUACAAGUCAGAGAGGGAUUAAUCACCAUGUUCGAUGGUAGAGACCAGGGACUAAAGAGACGAGCAAGCUCGUACAAACGGAAUUAUAUGCAGAUUGAUGUGAAGUUUGUAGGUAAUUUAGCUCUUGACAUUUAUGAAGUAAGCAGCAGUACAAGUAAACCGCUGUUGUUCAAGUGCAUUUUUGUGUGUUCAAGAUGUCUCUGAUGCUUUAAUCGAUAUCACCACCUAUAUAUGUUGUAAAUAUUAUUAACAGAUUGAUCUGUUAUGACUUUUCAAUUGUAUACCUCUGAGUUGUCACAAAUAGGAAUCAAGUGAAAUUUUUGAAGUGUGAUGCUGUGAGCAAUGUUACAUGGCCAGUGCAAUUUAUUGUUCUUGUCUAGUAGUUAGCCAUUAAUAUUUAAAAAGUAUAGGUUAAAAGACCUGAGUUGGGUUGUUAGACAC